UACCGGCGCCGCCGGUUCCCACCCCACCCCGCCUCUCCAGUCUCUGCCUUGACCCUCCAACUCUUCCCACCUUCUUCGGGCUUCGCUUCAGCUCAGCUGAGUAGGGAGCUGCAAAGAUAUUUCCUUUCUUCUUUUCCGUCUGCCCCCCAACUGCUCCGCACUUUCCUUCUAUCCUUCCUUUCUCCCGAUCUGAGCAACACCCAGUCGCUCGCUCGAUUGAUCCCCACAGCCCCGAUCCUCGAGUGGUAAAGUAGCCAGAUCAGUCGGCGUUCUGCUUCCUGCUCAACCCAGAUUAGAUUUGCUUGUCUUGUUGUUGUGCUGGGGCGCUCGCUCCAAUUCGGUCAAGGUUUUCUACUCCUAGGUCUUCCUUGAUUUGUUGCCCUUUCUUGGCGUCUAGUUCAUCCGCCGCGGAGUAGCCCGAUUCACUUGUAGUUGUGUCCCCUUGCUCACGAGUUAUAGCCUUGACUUCAUUUCGUCUUCUUGGAGGCAAAUAAAGUUGUCCUUGUUGAGUUGGAGGAGAAGGGGGAUGCGACCACUCUUGUAUCCCCAUUUUUAAGCGGUAUAUGCUCGUCUCGGGGAUGAGAUACUUGUGAAUUUUACGGUCCAGUUCGCUGUGUCGAUGUCUCCUCUGGCUCUUCUGCUCUUCCUUCUCUGCUCGUCUCUGGCUUUGGCUUCCGGGUCCGAGCCAACCCUUUCAUGGACCUGUGGAGAUGAACAAGUUUCCAUCUUGGAGACCUCUGAUGGCCGUCAAAAUCUGUCCAUCAAUGGGGUUUUGGUGAAGGACCGUGCUCAAGGCUGCGACAGGCUCCGGUCCUACUUUGGGAGUGGUUGCCUCAGCUGCGAUGAGCGGUCGCAAUCCUGGAGGGGCGCGUGGAUGCGCUCCUGCAGCGAUGAUGGGAGUCAAUCUAGCUAUGUAACUUCAGCUCCAAACAUACCAAGGAGGCUUUUGAAGCAGUCGUCAGAGAAUGGCGCAAAAGCUGAAGAUGACCCUUGUGGGAACACGGGUCUACACGAAAAUAAACAUGAUGCCAAUGAUUCUUCCAAAAAAGAGGAUCCUUUGUUGGCUGUGCCUGGUGUGCUUCUCCUAUGCUGUGGUCUCAUGCUCCCAUGUUUUCAUGCCGAAAGAAAAGAAGGAAGAAGACAGAAUACUACAUCCAUUCAGCGCAAUGCUGUUGAAUCUCUUUCAUCCUUUGACGUAAGCACGUCAUCUGAUAAGAUCCCACCAACUCCACACCGAAUACCUCCAAGCCCAUCUAGAUUCGCACCGUCUCCGCAUAUUGCUCGAGUUGGAUCUGUUGACUUAAGUGUCCAGCAGAUUCUCAGGGCGACUCAGAAUUUCUCACAUUCAUUUAAAUUGGGCGAAGGAGGAUUUGGGACUGUCUACAGGGCUGUAUUGUCAGAUGGCCAGGUUGUUGCAGUCAAGAGAGCUAAAAAGGAUCAAUUUGCGGGUCCUAGUGACGAGUUCAGCAAUGAAGUAGAAUUGCUUGCUAAGAUUGACCACCGGAAUUUGGUGAGAUUACUGGGUUAUACUGACAAAGGAAAUGAGCGUAUUAUUAUCACUGAGUAUGUUCCAAAUGGCACUUUGAGAGAACAUCUUGAUGGCCAACAUGGCAGAACCCUGGAUUUUAAUCAACGGCUAGAAAUUGCGAUUGAUGUUGCUCACGCACUCACUUAUCUCCAUCUAUAUGCAGAGAAGACAAUAAUCCAUCGCGAUGUAAAGUCAUCAAACAUACUUCUGACAGACAGCUACCGGGCCAAGGUGUCGGACUUUGGGUUCGCUAGAAGUGGUCCUAGUGACACAGAGAAGACACACAUCUCCACGAAAGUGAAAGGAACUGCUGGCUACCUGGACCCUGAGUACCUAAGAACGUACCAGCUCACUCCUAAAAGUGAUGUCUUCUCUUUUGGCAUACUUCUUGUAGAAAUUAUUUCUGCCCGUCGACCCGUAGAGCUGAAGCGGGCUGCUGAAGAGAGGAUUACUAUCAGAUGGACUUUCAAGAAAUUCAAUGAAGGCAACAUGAGAGAGAUACUGGACCCGCUGCUGGAAGAUCGUGUGGACGAGGAGGUGCUGGAGAAGCUUCUGAGUUUGGCGUUCCAGUGCGCCGCUCCCACGCGGGAGGACCGUCCGACGAUGAAGGAGGUCGGGGAGCAGCUGUGGGAGAUCAGGAAAGAGUAUGGGAAGAGCGUCAGGAGAGUGUGAAAUCAUUUGCUCUUUAACCACGACCAGAGCAUACGCAAAUUCUUUGUAUGAACAUCCUGACGGUAACGUUUUGUGCUCACAAAAUGGAAUGCGCUCUUGAACAAUGUACAGACGAACCAGCGAUUUGUGUCUUCCUUCCUAACCACUUUGCAGUCUGGUUUCUCCGUGGACUUGUGGCCCCCUUACUGUAUGCGCAUGCCUUACAUUCCGUGUCUGAAAUUCCUCUCUGGAGUUUGUUCUUGAUUUAGAUGAACGAAAUGAAAUUUGAAUUUUUUCUGUACUGAAA